AUGGCUGGCACCGGCAUCCACCCAUACCACCAGCAAUGGCCUCCAGCGGCUGCUGCGCCUCCUCCGCCGCCUCCUUCCGCCGCCGCCGCUCCUCCUCACGCCGGAGAUGAGGUACGAACGAUAUUCAUAACCGGACUUCCCGAAGACGUGAAAGAGAGGGAACUUCAGAAUCUGCUGAGAUGGUUACCCGGCUUCGAAGCUUCUCAAUUGAAUUUCAAAGCGGAAAAGCCAAUGGGUUUUGCUCUGUUCUCCGCUCCGCACCAAGCGCUCGCCGCCAAAGACAUUCUCCAGGAUAUGCUCUUCGAUCCCGACACCAAGUCCGUCCUCCACACUGAGAUGGCCAAGAAGAAUCUCUUCGUCAAAAGGGGAAUUGGAGCUGAUGCGGGUGCUUUUGAUCAAAGUAAACGGUUAAGAACAGCUGGGGAUUAUACACAUACUGCUUAUACAUCUCCAUCUCCUUUUCAUCCUCCACCGCCACCUGUUUGGGGGCCACAUGGAUACAUGGCUCCGCCUCCUCCUCCUCCAUAUGAUCCAUAUGCGGGCUAUCCCGUUGCACCUGUGCCAAUGCCUACUCCUGCUCCCAUAUCAGCACCAAGCAGUUAUGUUCCAGUUCAGAACACAAAAGAUAACCCUCCUUGCAACACCCUGUUUAUUGGGAACUUGGGGGAGAACAUAAAUGAGGAGGAAGUAAGAGGCCUUUUCAGUGUACAACCUGGUUUUAAGCAAAUGAAGAUUUUAAGACAGGAGAGGCACACAGUUUGCUUCAUUGAGUUUGAAGAUGUGAAUAGUGCUACCAAUGUGCACCAUAAUCUGCAGGGUGCUGUUAUCCCAAGUUCUGGUUCCGUAGGCAUGCGGAUACAAUAUCCUUUUUCAUAUUGUCAGGCACCAUGA